AGAGGGAUAUAGAAGAAGCAAGCGUUCCAAUCAUCAGAGAAGAAACAAUAGAAGAAGAAGAAAGAAGAAGCAACGAAACCCUCACUCUUUGUCUUCUAAGCGUCUUUGACUAUCUUUCUCUGAAAAUUAGGGUUUGGGUUUCGAUCCUUUCUUCAACACAUUUCGCUUUCGAGGCUUUUAGGGUUUCCUAUUUUUCUCAUUGGACCGUUGUUAUCUAGGUCUAACUAGUUAAAGAGUUCCAUUUCGAUUCUCUAUAAAUCUGUACAUACUGUUACUCGAUUUCUUCUCCUCAAACAUCUCUGUAAUUUUCUCUACGCCGUUUCUUAUUUCGUUUUUUGUUUUUUAUUUUCAUUUUCUAUUCUUUUGAUCUGUUCUUUGCUUGGAUCCUCGGAAAUUAAAUUAGGGUUCCGGCUGAUUUAUAUGAAUUCUGGAAACCUUUUAACAUUCUGAUCUGAAAUUUGACCUUUGAUAAACGGGAAAGGCGGGGGCAAAGGGGAACUUUAUUUUUUGUGUUGUCGAUCAUGGCGGUACCCACGAUCGCGCUCUAUGCGAGCCCGCCGAGUAGCGUCUGCUCGACCCCGCACCCUUGUUCGAUCAAUUCCUACGGUUCUUCUGAUUAUGAAUUGAACCCUCGGCCUCCGUCUUCAACGUCUUCGUCGACCUCUUCGGCGCAGAAGCCAAUUGUUGGUGGGCUUUCCUGCCUAUUUUCUUCACCGUCCGUGCGGCAUGCCUCAUCGUCAAGCUUCUCUGGUGGUGGAGAUGAUCUUGGGGGAGCUCUAUGGCACGACAGAGGGGAGGAAUUGAGUAGCUCUUUCUGUUACUCGCCUUACUCGUCUCUCAGCUCUUCGCUCAAAUGUAGAGAUCAGAGCCCUGUAUCCGUAUUUCAAGGCCCGGUUUCCUGUAGCAGUGGUGGUGUCGGUUCUUCUAGAAGCCCACCUAUGAGGAUUGCCCGUGACCGGAGCCUGGAUUUGCAUCGAGCCGGAAGGGAUGGCCUCUUCAAUGGCUUCGUCCGGAACGCCUUGGGUUCUUGCCUCGACUAUGACUCUCCUAGCUUUCCCAUGCCCGGUGGCCUUGACGAAGAUUCUUCUGUCACAGUUGUAGACGAAUUUACCUUCAACAUGGAAGAUAAUUUCACGGAGGUGAGUUGCGAACCAUAUGCCAAAGAGUUGCUUUUGGGUGCGCAAUUGAGGCAUAAGAUAUUCUACGAUGACCUUGUUGUUAAGGCAUUUUAUGAAGCGGAGAAAGCUCACAGGGGGCAGAUGCGGGCCAGUGGGGAUCCAUAUUUGCAGCAUUGCGUUGAAACCGCAGUUCUGCUUGCAACAAUUGGUGCUAAUUCCACAGUCGUAGCAGCAGGCCUUCUGCACGACACGCUUGACGAUUCUUUUAUGAGUUACGAUUAUAUUCUACGGACAUUCGGCGUUGGAGUUGCUGAUUUGGUUGAAGGGGUAUCAAAGCUAAGCCAGUUGAGCAAGCUUGCACGUGAAAACAAUACUGCAAGUAAGACUAUUGAGGCAGAUCGUUUGCAUACCAUGUUUCUUGCAAUGGCAGAUGCUAGAGCUGUUCUCAUAAAAUUGGCCGACCGGCUGCAUAACAUGAUUACCUUGGGAGCACUUCCUUUCUCCAAGCAACAAAGGUUUGCAAAGGAAACACUGGAGAUAUUUGCUCCUUUAGCCAACCGUCUUGGGAUCUCAAGUUGGAAAGAGCAGCUGGAGAACUUGUGUUUUAAGCACCUCAACCCAGAUCAGCAUAAAGAACUCUCGUCAAAACUUGUGAAGUCCCUAGAUGAUGCAAUGAUCACUUCAGCUAGAGAGAAAUUGGAGCAAGCUCUGAAGGAUGGAGCAGUUCCUUAUCAUGUUCUGUCUGGGAGACACAAGAGCUUGUACAGCAUUUACUGCAAGAUGCUAAAAAAGAAGCUAACAAUGGAUGAAAUCCAUGACAUUCAUGGGCUGCGUUUGAUCCUCGAGAAUGAGGAAGACUGUUACACGGCAUUAAGAAUUGUACAUGAUUUAUGGCCUCAAGUACCUGGAAAACUCAAGGACUACAUAGCCAAUCCCAAAUUCAAUGGGUACCAAUCUCUUCACACGGUGGUGAUGGGUGAAGAUAUGGUUCCAUUGGAAGUCCAGAUCCGAACUAAGGAGAUGCAUUUGCAGGCAGAAUUUGGAUUUGCUUCUCAUUGGCGGUACAAGGAAGGGGACUGUAAGCACUCCGCCUUUGUACUUCAGAUGGUGGAGUGGGCCCGGUGGGUAAUAACAUGGCAAUGCGAGACUUUGGGGAAGGAUCAGACAUCAUCCAUUGGGAAUGCCAAUUCCAUCAGGCCCCCUUGUCCCUUUCCUUGUCAUUCCAACGAUUGCCCAUAUUCCUAUACACCUCACUGUGGAGAAGAUGGCCCAAUUUUUGUCAUCAUGAUGGAGAACGAGAAGAUGUCUGUGCAGGAGUUUCCAGCAAACUCAACAGUGAUGGAUCUGCUGGAGAGAGGCGGGCGUGCAAGCUCGCAAUGGAACCCGUAUGGGUUCUCCGUUAAGGAAGAGCUGAGACCUAGAUUGAACAAUGAACCUGUGAAUGACGCAACUCGCAAGCUGAAGAUGGGGGAUGUAGUGGAGCUGACCCCAGCCAUACCAGAUAAAUACUUGACUGAGUACAGGGAAGAGAUCCAACGCAUGUAUGACCGUGGCUCAACCAUGUCAAGCAGAGGGGCUUUUCGGUAGGGCUUGGUGGUGGAUUUGACCCUAAUACACCUACCUAUUUAUAUUUUAUGAUAUAUAAGCUCCCUCAAUUGUUUCCUUGUAAAUAUAAAUGGAAUAUUUUUGUACAGAACAGCAUUGUGGUUCUUUACUGCCCUGAGGAUCAAGCAAUGACUAACUGGAUUCAUCAAGGUAGGGUUUAGUUGAUU